AUGACAGAAGAACCGCAGCUGGGCUCGAUUCAAGAGCGAAUCGCUGCUCUAAAGCUCUCCCAAGCCACUUCCCCAUCGGGCCUUGAACCACCUCUAUUCCGCCCGCCUGCCGAUCGCGGCCAACCCUCUAGCAGACCACCACCAUCAUACGAUGAGACCGAGUCCAGUUUUGGAGGCGACUCGUUUAGAAACGACCCCACAGAUGCCCGUGCCCAACGACCAGCGGUGCGCCCCCCUCCAGCGCCAUCGUCACGCCCGGAGUUGAAGCCGAAGCCGAAAGUUCCUCCUCCACUCCCAACGCGAAGGGACCGUCCACCACCUCCUCCCCCUCCUCUAGCGCGCCCUGAGCUCACUGAAAGACGCCCCGCUUUACCGCCACGCAGACCCACACAAGAACAAGCACGCAGGCCAUCAAUCGAAUCAUUCGCCUCAGACGCCUCUCACUCGACUACUGCGACAACUGUGAACAGUCUAGGGCGUGGCGCGUCGACGACGUCUGUCAAUUCCACUGGCACUACUGGUACCACUGGUAGCAACCGCAUAAAGGCCCCUGCUUGGGGAGAAUCAGACCUACCCGUGCUUCCACCAAAGCGCAUCAGAGAAGACCCAGUUGAUGUGCCACCGCUCCCGCGCUCCGAAUCCAAGUACGGAUCCAAGUUCAACGGGUUGACUUCCAAGCUAUCCUCCUUGCGCGGCAAGGAAGAUUCAUCCUCGCCAGCCACAAGACCAUCGCGCCCUAGUUUGCCAUCGCGCUCCUCAAUCAGAUCAGAAAAAUCACCGGCGCCACCACCACUUCCUGCGCGGCGGCCCUCUGGAUUGGAUGUACCUACUUAUGGAUCCGAACAGACGAAUGAAACCACACGAGAUGAGCCCCCGAGCCUCCCUACUAGGCGGCUACCCCCUCCUUCAGAUUCGUCUACUCUAGAUAAUAUUCGACAGUCUGGGUUCGGUGGGCUGAAGCCUCCCAAUCUCCCCGUGAGGCCCAGUAGCACACCAACCAACAGACCUCCGCCAAACGGAGUGCCUCCCCCGAUUCCGCACGGAUCUCGUCCAGACCUUUCCAAACUCCAAGCUACCAAACCACAAUUCCAUGCCUCCAUCCCGGGCGCCGCCGCGCAGACUCCUAGCUCUGCGACAGAGUGCUUGGUAUGCCGAGACUUUUCUGGUCCGGACUCCAGGGCAGCCCAGUAUCCGCGUUCUUCCCUUCCCACGCAAGAUUUGGGCUGGUUAGCGAAUGAGUUGACUGCUCCAUUCCCAUCCCUUACAGACAAGGCUAGAUCGAUAUUCACGUGGAUGCAUCAUAAUAUUCAUUACGAUACUGUUGCAUUUUUCAAUAAUGCUGUGAAACCUUCUACGCCUCAAGGCACCCUGGCUACUGGAUUGGCCGUCUGCGAGGGCUAUGCGGGGCUAUAUGCCGUGCUGGCCGCAAAGGCAGGAUUGGAGGCCAUCGUGAUCUCAGGUGCCGACAAAGGCUUCGGUUACGAGCCUUUGGCACCAGGUGCGCGCCCUCCGCCAUUCAAGUCUACACAUGCCUGGAAUGCUGUCAAGAUUGACGGUGGACAGUGGAAGCUGGUCGACUCCUGCUGGGGCUCUGGCCACAUAAACGGUCCCGGGAUGCCUUAUCAGCCAAAGUUUACCCCCUCUUAUUUCACCAUGUCAAACGAGGAGUUUGGUCUGAAGCAUUACCCUGGAAACACAGACUUCCUCUAUCGCGAAGAUGGUCGCAUCGUCUCUUACGAAGAAUACGCAGUCAUUAACCCAGACAUGCCAACUGGGUUGAAAGCUAUCAAGACCUACAACGAUAUGGAUAACCACAAUAUCGGCCGCCGGACCCUACAGCCCGAGAGUGGUGAUAUCUCGGUAUACAGUGCACAGAGCCCCCUUCGUUUCCAAUUCGGCUUAGUGUGUGAACACUGGACAUUGGCCCAUCACUCACGUCUCAAGCCCGCGCUGUUCCUCCUUAUGAUCAAGGGGGUCGACGGACGCAAAGAUGAAACGCUCCUCUUCAAACAUGUGCGUGGCUCCGGGCCUGGUGGUGGCGGCGAGUUCUGGUAUGUGGAUGUGCCUGAUUCAAGAAUGCUCGGUGCUCCGGGUCAGAAAAUCACACUUGCUGUGUUGACUAAGUUUGGGGAGCGCACGGAUUGUCUUGGAAUCACGGAGGAGGAGUUUGAAUCCAAGCGCGGUCGUGUGGGGAUGGCAUUCGCAUUUAUUGCUCAGUGGGACUUGGUGAAAUGA